AUGAGUAGAUUCACGAAAUCUGACCCUAGUAAGGGGAUUACCAGAGGAUUCAGCGAUGAUGUUGUGACGUCCAAGCCAGAAGAACCCCUUGGCCGGGCACUGGGAGCCAAGGCGGCGUUUGACAGGAAUCGAGAAAGACAGCGCCUGUUGCGAGAUGAAUGGGCACGGCUUCUGUUGGAGGGGCGGGAAGUGGCGAGUGUUUAUGUUCCAGACGAAGAAGUCGUUCUCUUCGAACAGAGUCGAAGGCUGCAUUCGACAUGGGACAAAUUCCGACGUGACCUCCCUCAGGACUAUCUCUUCGCAACGGUCACCAAGGCCUCAGGAACAUGGAAGUUGGAUCGUCAUGAAAGCAAGUUACGCAAGCUCAAAUCCAAAUUUCACAACAUUUGUCAGAGUUGCCACGAUUACAGCUCGCUGCUUGCCAUCAUUCCCAAAGACGACAAGUAUGCCAGUUUACUGACGGGGUCCCUCUCAGCCAUCGUUCAAACUACCAUCAACCAUCAGAAAAUCGCUGAAGGAGUGGCCGAUACACUGGACGAUCUGAGACAUUGUAUUCAUUUCUGGAACCGGCAAAUGACGGAGCAUGGAGAGAUUCCAUCUCUUCGUCAGUACAUACAAGAGCUUUACGUGAUAGUAUUCGAGUUCUUCACCGAGGUCUUCAACAAAUGGUCCAAGUCUGGCUAG